AUGGCGGCUCCCAAGGCCCCGAUGCAGGAGAAAGUCUUCCGUACAACAGGGCGGCCUACAGACUCGGAGCCACGCCCCCUGUCGCCCAGCCCCCGGAAGUUUCCUUUUGAAAGCGUGGCGGCAGACUCUGCCGAGGGCUGGGCGGUUACAGCGGAGCAACUUUUGAAAGGGAACGAAGAGGACUGCGGGCGGGAGCUGCUGGCGCCGGGGGCCCAGCCGAGCCACCCGGCUACUAUGGCCAGUGCUAAGACGGUAUGCGACGCGCAGCCCAACUCGAUGGCGAGCGGCGGCCUGCCCGCAGAUGCACAAACUCGAGCUACUUCUAAGCUACCUGUUAAGUCCAAAGAAGCUGAUGCGUUUAGACAUCUUCAUCCAGGAGGGCCAGAUUCUGAUGUUACAAAAGUCCCCAAACCGAGACGAGAGAAUGGGCACGUGAGAGCUGCAGAGACUGCCAGCAGGAAGAACAUCAGGAAGGGCUACAAACCACUGAAUAAGCAAAAACCAGAGGAGGAACUAAAGGAUAAAAACCAGCUCCUGGAGGCCGUCAACAAGCAGUUACACCAGAAGCUGACGGAGACGCAGGGAGAACUGAAGGACCUGACCCAGAAAGUGGAGCUGCUGGAGAAGUUUCAGGAUAACUGCUUAGCAAUCUUGGAGAGCAGAGGCCUCAACCCAGGCAGCGAGACCCUGGCAUCACAGCGGAAACCUACAGCAGAUCACACGGACUCCAUGCGGCUGCUGGAAACGUUGCAGAAUGAACUGAAGGUUUUCAAUGAAACGGCCAAGAAGCAGAUGGAGGAGUUGCAGGCCCUGAAGGUGAAGUUGAAGUUGAAAGAAGAAGAAAGGAUCCAGUUCCUGGAGCAGCAAACCUUAUGUAAGGACCAAGCCAGUGACUUCACAAUAGUCCUGGAGGAAAUGGAGCAGCUUUUAGAAAUGUAAUACAAGGCAAGUGGCUAGAUGGCUUCCUCCUAGGGUAAACACAGUCACCUUCUUAGAAAGACGACUUGCUGCAGUUGAGGGCGGCGGACUGCCCACCUUCGGAUUGCUCAGCUCACCUGAGCCUCACAAAUUGCUAAUGGAGGCCUGCAAGAGAGGGACCUGGAAGCUUGACUCCACCUCGUGUAUGGCAGAGCACCCACCCUUAGAACCAGGGUGCUAAACCAGCCACCUUGGAGAAUCUAGAGGCUCUGCCUCGGAAUCAUGGGAAGAAAGUCCUCAUAUGACAGCGCAUGUACUCUAUGGGAGAUAUCACUGGGAACCACGCUGUCCCCUUUGUCCAUCUGGUUGAGCUGAAUUUUAGAACUUGAAAUCCCUGAAGUUUCUGGCUUAAUAAAUGGGGUAGAAGUAUACAAAGUAACACCUACCUGAAACAAA